UAUGAAUUGCCGAGAGAGAGGGAGGAAAUGGAUGUGAAAGGGACUGGUAUGUUGACUGCUGGCGCCAUCUAUGCCAGUGAGUGGUGUUUGAGUGAAACUGAAGUGCACUUCCUUUCAGCCACACGUCGUCGACAUUUUGCAGUGACAACACGUGUUUUGAAUACAAGAACCCAAUUGAUCCGUAAAGAUGUCGAAACGUAAGGGAAAGCAGAAGGAGGAGCAGCCGGUGCUGUCGUUGGGCCCGCAGGCACUGGAGGGCGAGAAUGUGUUUGGCGUCGCCCACAUCUACGCCUCCUUCAACGACACCUUUGUCCACGUGACUGACCUCUCGGGACGGGAGACCAUCGCUCGCGUGACCGGCGGUAUGAAAGUGAAGGCCGACAGAGACGAGGCGAGCCCUUACGCGGCGAUGUUGGCCGCGCAGGACGUGGCGGAGAAGUGCCGCACGAUUGGCAUCAACGCCCUGCACAUCAAACUGAGGGCCACCGGCGGCACCCGGACUAAGACUCCCGGUCCCGGCGCUCAGAGCGCGCUUCGAGCGUUGGCCCGCUCUGGCAUGAAAAUCGGUCGCAUCGAGGACGUGACACCCAUUCCGUCGGACAGCACCAGAAGGAAGGGCGGCCGCAGAGGCAGACGAUUGUAAUUGUAAUCAAUGGUCGGAAUUAUAAUAAAAACAUUUAAUAAACUGUUUUGAAACAAA